AUGAGCCCUGUUCCAGAUGUGUCUGUUAUCUUUGAUUAUAAGAGGAACAUAUUCAUGAGACGAACGCCCAUGGACUCAAUGACACUUGUAUCUGUGACGACAUUGUGGUCUGAAAACAGCAGUGUCUCCCUGCCGUCCGGUCCAUCAGAAUCUCCGAUCUCUGCAGAAUGGGAACUGGUCCACUCCAUCAUUCCCCCGUACAUCUUCACCUUAUCCCUGUUAGGCCUUCUCCUUAACAGCUUUGUCCUGGCGGUGUUCUUCGCUAACAAGGAUCGACUGACCGUAGCAGAGAUCUACUUGAGCAGCCUGGCGCUUGCUGACUUUAUUCUCCUGUGUGGCCUCCCUUUCUGGGCCAUGAACAUCCUCAAUGACUUUAACUGGCCUUACGGAGAUGCCUUAUGCAAACUGGUCAACGCCGUCAUCAUCAUCAAUUUCUACACCAGCAUUUACACCCUGGCCAUGAUUAGUGUUGACCGCUACCUGGCACUUGUGAAGCCCAUGAAGGCCAGGUGGCUGAGACGGACACUCUAUGCCAAGGUCGUCUGCUCCAUCCUCUGGAUAUUUGCGGUCAUACUGAGCGUGCCAACAAUUGUUCACAGAAAGGUGAAGUUCAUCGAGGAGCUCGAGACAAUGUCUUGUAUACUGGAUUACAGUCAUGACAGCUCUUGGAAGUUGGCCCAUCAGAUUCUGAUGAAUGUGGUGGGCUUUUUACUUCCUGUUCUGGUCAUUGUUUUCAGCAGUGGAAACAUAAUCAAUGUUUUAAUUCAGAGGAGGAAGAGUGCUGCUUUUCAUGAAACUAAUGACACAAAGACCACCGCACUGGUGUAUGCUGUCACUCUACUAUUCUUACUGUGUUGGGGUCCCUUCCAGGUCUUCACCUUCCUCGACAUCCUCUGUGAUGUCCAAGCGCUGGACGAGAAGCUGUGGUUCCACACUCUCGAUAUAGGAGGCCAGGUUUCAGUGUAUCUGGCCUUUCUCAACAGUGCCCUGAACCCACUGCUGUAUGUCUUCUCAGGGCAGUACUUUAGGAGGAAGGUUAGCGCCAUCUACACAAGGACACGAUAUAAUCGCAGAGGAUCAGAUAUGACCACAUAUCAACGCUCUGUUGUGUCCACUUACAUUAACAGGACAGAGCAAAUUAAGGCUGUGGUCAUUUUUAAUGCAAAGGAUCAGAUGUGA